AUGACUGCUGCUUUUAGUUCAAAGACACAGUGUACUUUUGCUCUACAUAAAAGUACAAGCCAUCUUACACCAUGUAGCAGUGCUGCUGAGAUCAUGUCGCUAUUCUUCUACACGAUGAGAUAUAAACAGGCAGGCCCAAAGAACCCAGACAAUGACCGAUUCAUCCUUUCGAAGCUAGGAGGAAGCAGAGAUAUUGUAGGUCUGUGCUACAAGGGCAUCUACCAGGUGUUAUGUCUUCUGGGUGAGGGGAGUCUCUGGAAGGCAUUGGCGUUUGCAUCCUACUACAGUCUGGACGAUGUCUUGGCAAUCUUUGAUGUGAACUGCAUUGGACACAGUGGCUCCAUGUCCAUUGAACACUGCAUUGCUGUCUACCAGAAGUGUUGUGAAGCCUUCGGGUAAUUGUUCCUUUAUGACAUGUGGAAUACUUAUGUGGUGGAUAAGCGUAACGUAGAGACCCUUUGCCAUGUGUACUCACAGACAGCUCAAGUGAGAAGCAAGCCCACUGCUGUGGUUGUCAAGACCUUCAAGGCCAGAGGCAUGCCAAAUAUUGAGGAUGCAGAAAGUUGGUAUGGAAGGCCAAUGCCAAAUGCAAUUAUCAAAUUAAUUGAAAGUCAGACACAGACCAACGGGAUUCUUGAACCACCACCCCCUAUUGAGGACUCACCUCAAAUCAACAUCAUGGAUAUAAAUAUAACCUCACCAAUUUACAUAGCUGAUGACAUGGUAUGCAAAAAAUGAAAAAAAGCAUGUGGUUUGUCUCUGGCUAAACUGGGCCAUGAAAAUGACAGAGUUAUUGUGCUGGAUGGUGACACCAAGAACUCCAACCUUUCUGCCAUGUUCAAGAAAGAACACACAGAGAGAUGCAUCCAGCAUUAUAUUGCUAAACAAAACAUGGUAAAUGUAUAAUGCAGCUGGGCCACUUGUGACCUGACCGUUGUUUUUGUUUGCACCUUCGCUGCCUUUUUCACCCAAGCAUUUGAUCAGAUACACAUGGCAGCCAUCUCUCAAAUGAGCAUCAGCCUUAUUGGUUCCCGUUGUCGGGAAAUGUGUUUCAUUCAUACUAGCCUAGCAGAAACUGUAGUUAUUUACACUACUCAAGAAACCUUUCAGAUUGGACAGGCCAAGGGCUCCCAGAUCCAGCGUGCAAAUGUGGAAACCUCUGGCGGCAUUGGGGAAGCUGUCUGUGCAGUGGUCUAUGAGCCUAACAUCAUAGUUCAUCAGCUGACAGUGAUGGGGGUGCCUCGAACUGGGAGAUCCAGUGAAGCACUAGAAUUUUCUGGAAUCAAUGCCAGACACAUCAACGUGGCUGUAAAAUGUAUCUUAAUGAACCAAAUUAGCUUUCCUUGCUGGGAUACCCUCUACCCACCAUUUGACUCUGCCCAGCACUGGAAUGUUGGGCCUGCCAGCGCCUGCCUGUGCCUGCCCGCGCCUGCCAGCGCCUGCCUGCGGUACCCUCCAAGCCAUGAGCUGGUUAGCGUUUCGUCAUUGGGUUUUGUAUGGUCACUCAGCCACAGCCAAUCAUCCCCCAAGGACCUGAAAACGCGCCGGGCUAACAACGAGGGUUAG